UUCCUUUACGGAAUUAACUCAACAAUUAUUUUGAUAUUAAUUCACAUGUGGUACUGGAUUAACACGUGCAUCGGAAACUGCCACCGAACGCGUUGUAUUGUAAUUUUCAGUUUAUAAUUUAAUCAAACUUGCAGUUGGAUCUAAGAUAGCUGGCUUACCUUAAUUACGAUGUUUUAACCGAAACUUCUAUGGAGCAAGUACUCAACAAUCUGUUGGUUUUGUUGAUUUUAAACAUUGUUUCCAAUGCUGAAUCAGCGACCCGAAAUCUAGUGAAAGGAAGUGCAUACCAGUCCUCAAAUUACUCACAAUGUGAUGCAUUGAAAGCAUUUGACGGUGUACAUGAUUUCAAUGAACCUCCAUCUCCAUGCACAUGCAGUGUAACAGCUGUUGAUACAGCCCCUCGGUGGUGGGAAAUGGAUUUAGGGUCCAAGCACUUGAUUGGUUCCAUUGUUGUCACGGGUCGUACAGAUACCGUGGAACAAAGUCAAAACCUUGGUGCCUCCAUAAGUAACGACACGAUGGGUCCUAACAACGGCAUAGUCGUUCACUCACCUGAUUGGAAUACUAUUGGGUUAAUUGUGAAUUUUAAUAACACUCCUCGGGUUGCCCAGUAUAUCAACAUCAAAAAAGAUAUUGCGAAGGACGUGAUGACUAUUUGUGAAGUUGAAGUAUUCGAAGCAAACUGUUCGUCUGGAUAUUUUGGUGACCAGUGUUUGCGAAGAUGUCAUUGUAAAAACCAAUGUGACGUUGUUUCGGGCCACUGCACUGAUUGUGAUGCGGGUUGGGAGCCACCUACAUGUGAAGUCUGUUCACAAGGUUAUUAUGGACACAAUUGCAGCAACGAAUGUUCACAGAAUUGUAGGAACGAUACUUGCAACGCAGAAAACGGCAACUGCGUGUUAGGAUGCAAACCAGGAUUCGAUUUUACAAAAUACAAGAAUUGCUCAUCUGUCUGUCCACGAGGUUACUUUGGCCAAAAUUGCAGCCAAGACUGUUCACAUAAUUGUUUGGACGACAUUUGCAACGAAGAAUACGGCAACUGCGUGCAAGGCUGCAAACCAGGAUUCGAUUUUACAAUAAGCACGAACUGCUCAUCUAAUUGCCAUCCUGGGUUCUACGGUGAUUGUUUAACGCGGUGUGGGAAAUGUAAACAGCUACCAUGUAACACAACUGAUGGUCAUUGCACGGGUGGCUGUACAGAAGGAUACACUGGCGAUAAAUGUGACCAAGCUCUCGUUGAAUAUCACAGUGAGCAAGAGGCUUCUAACGCCGGUGCAGUUGCUGGAAGUGUAAUCGGAGCUCUUUGUGGUGUCGCUGCCAUUGUUGGUGUGGUAUUUUACUUCUACAGAAGAAGACAUCGAAAACCGCAAAGUUUAACAGUAAAAUCAAGUAAAACGUACGGAAACGCUGAGUUAGAUACACCAGCGCAGACCGUUUCACAUUCAUUGAGCCACAUCUCUGCAAAUAUAUCAGAAAAUAGGAAGGACACAAAUGUUAAUUACUAUGAGUUUGAAGAUAACAUACCUGGCAUUCAGAUUCACAAUCUUUGGAAUUACAUCAGAGACAACAGGAGGAACGAAUGCCAACACUUUAACGACGAAUUUGCAAAACUUCCAACCGGACUUGUCCAUAAACACGAUGUGGCUGGCAGGGAAGAAAACAAGGGGAAGAACAGAUACAGGGAGAUGCACGCAUAUGACCACUCCCGCGUGACGUUACAGAUGGAAAAGAGUGACGACUGUGACUACAUUAAUGCGAGCUACAUAGACGGUUACGAUAAAGCUCAAAAGUUUAUUGCGUCUCAAGGUCCAACCAAAAAUAUGAUCGAUGACUUCUGGCGAAUGGUCUGGCAAGAGAAAGCUGAAAAGAUAGUAAUGCUUACUAACCUGAUUGAAAUGGCGACGGUAAAGUGCCUGAGAUACUGGCCAGAAAUGGACCAAACCUGCUCUUUCGGUAGAAUCGACAUAUCCUUCACAGCUGUUAAAACGUUUCGAGAUUAUGAAAUAAGAACAUUAAUUGUCAAAAAGGAACAAGGUGAAUCCAGGCGGAUUCAACAGUAUCAUUUCAAAGCCUGGCCUGAUAAAGAUGUCCCUGACAAUGGAUGGUGUCUUGUUCAGUUUCUGAAUGCUGUUGAAACAAAGUCUACAAAUUCCCCAAUCAUAGUACACUGCAGUGCCGGUGUGGGGCGGACAGGCACGUUUAUUGCUCUUGACAACCUCGUAGAUCAAGCAAAGACCGAAAACUGUGUUAGACCUUUGCAGAUGGUUAUAGCCCUGAGGCGGCAACGAGUCAACAUGGUUCAGACAAAGGAUCAGUAUAUAUACCUGCACGAAGCGCUUGCCGAAGCUCUACUGAUGGGCAAUGAUCACGUCUGGUAUAGACAAUUUGAAAGUGUCCAUUCCUUCAUGAUGACAAGAGAACCGGGACAAAAACAAACGAGGCUGGUUCAACAGUUUCUGUUGAUAGAAAAAAGUCUUACAAAUGAGUCGCAGCAGUUGCAAAAUGGGCCGGAAUAUGGAAACAUGGAAACAGUUCUUUCAGAGAUCGACGCAUACCGCCCGAAAUUAAAGAAACGAGGUUCAGAUUUUACACAACAGCUCGGCUCAAUUCUGUUGCCGAGCUUUUCUGGAAAGAACACGUUCUUGCUGUGUAAAUCUCCAUGUGAAGAGGAGCUGGAAGAGUUUUGGUCCCUUGUUGAGGAGCAGCACGUGAUCACCGUCAUUAUGCUUACCUCUACAUUCUGCCGGGCACACCAGACCUGUGUUUACAUGGGCGGAAAUGGAAAUGGGAAAGUUGGAAGAUAUUCGGUUAACUUCAUACAAGAACGGAAGAAUAAAACGUUUAACGAAAGGAGCUUUUCAUUUCGGGACGAGGACAAUGAGGACGAAGAUUAUCUAACAACAAUAAAACAAUUUCAAAUCACCGGUUGGGCUGACGAAGAAACACUUCCGCCAAUGCAAAACAUGUUAGACUGCCUCGAUGCUGUAAGAAAGUGGCAGCCGCACCUAGCCGAAAACAGACCUGUUUUGAUUCACUGCGAGACGGGACAUAAGCGAAGUGGAUUGAUCGCAGCACUUUUGAAUGAGCUUCAUCGCAUGGAAAAGACACGAGGUCAGAUAAACAUCGUGGAGACUGUGAAGACAAUGAAACAGAGAAAUAAGGACAUUAUACCAAGUACUGUCCAAUACAAGUUCAUUUACGAUUCACUUCUGGAACAUGCCAAGAACACAACGGACUAUGAGAACAUUUAAAGAAAACCUGCAAAAAUCCUUAAAUGCGACAAUAUCCUUAGACAGUAGAGUGCUAGACGAAAAGAAAAUAACAAUUUAAGAGUUUAAUGAAGUUAAUGUUCAUAACAGCACAAAUCGUACUUACGCCACGGUUGCUUGCUUGGAUGUUUUAAACGUUUUGUGUUUGUGCGUGCGUGCGUGCGGACGUGCGUGCGUGUAUGUGAGUGCGCGCGCGCGCGCACGUGUGUGUGUGUUUUAUUAUCAAAAUUUAGUUAUUAUUUUAUUGCAUGGUUAGUCGCAAUUUUGGAAUUCUUAUAAUACUUUUCAAAACUCUGACUUAUACAUAAAUGUUUCAAGUGUGUAAUCAUCACGCAUUGUAUUUUUGCUUUUUGAGUUUUGUAUGGUUAGCUUACACGAAGCUAAAGACCUGUUGAAUGGUCAGUUAGUAGAGACAAAACAAUAACGUGUCGUGUUUAUCGAAAAUAACGGCUGAGAUCAAUUUGUAUGUGUUGCACGUAUAAUCAGAUUUUAGGUAUACGUGUUUUUUGUCUUGGAAUUGGCUCUCCUUAUUUUAACAACAAUUAAAAUAUAACAUUAAAGUAAAAUACCUGAUUCGGUACGUAGUAAAUAUAUUUAUUAAAGUAGCUUAUAAAUCAAACGUACUUCAAGUGCACUACUAGUAUCGUAGAAACUAAAGUACUCUGUGAUGUAAUUUAUAGUAUGCAGCUGUCCCUAGCCUGUAAAAUGUACAAAAAAAAUGUUAAAAUAUUACUGUAAAGAUAUUUGACAUUUGUAUUGAGAUAUACCUACACACGGAAUGUAGCAUGAACGUGUAAAUCAAAAUGGAGUAAUAAUAAGUAUACUAAUAAUAGAAACUAUUUAAAACAACAUACUUUUAGUGCACUACCAGUAUAUUUGAAACUGAAGUAUCUUGUGAUAUAAUGGAUAUCUUGUUGCUUUUGCUAGCCUGUAAAAGGUACUAUACUAUGCAUUUGUAUAAACAUAACUGUUGAGAAUAAUUACAUUUGUAUUGAAGUCUAUCUAAUGAUUAAACACCUUGUGAUUGGCAGUUUGUAUGCACGUGCAAGUUACUUGAUUUCACUUUAAAU